AUGUAAAAAAAAUUAAUACUUCUAUCUUGCCUUUGCAUCAUUAUAAGCCUAUGUUUUGCUUAGAAUUGUGACUUAGAUAAAUAGUUUGUAGAUACAUACAAUAUAUGUUAUACUUGUAGUGAAGAUACGCCUUUCAUAAAUUAUGAUGAUUCUAACAAAAAUGGUACUUGUGUUGGUAAAUGUAACGAAGGUUUAUAUUAUAACUCCACCAGCUACUGUCUAUAAUGUCAAAAAGGUUUUCCUUCUUAUGAUUAAGCUUCUUGCUUAGACACAUGCGAGAAGGGUGAUUAAAUACUUAACUUAAAUGGAACUGCUUGCAUUUAUAAAGAAAAUUGUACUUAGUUUUUUGCACAAACUAAUGGCACAACACAAUGUGUUUCAAAUUGCAAUUCAAAUAGAUAAUUUGUUGAUCUAAGUAAUUAGAUAUGCUAUACUUGUAGUGCAGAUACACCAUUCAUAAAUUAUGAUGAUUCUAAGAAAAAUGGAACUUGUGUUAGUAAAUGCAAUGAAGGUUUAUAUUAUAACUCUACCAGCUACUGCCUUUAAUGUCAAAAAGGUUUCCCUUCUUAUGAUUAAUCAACUUGCUUUGAAACAUGCGAUAAGGGUGGUUAAAUACUUAACUUAAAUGGAACUGCUUGCAUUUAUAAAGAAAAUUGUACUUAGCUUUUUGCGCAAACUAAUGCCACAACACAAUGUGUUAGUAAAUGCAAUGAAGGUUUAUAUUAUAACUCUACCAGCUACUGCCUUUAAUGUCAAAAAGGUUUCCCUUCUUAUGAUUAAUCAACUUGCUUAGACACAUGCGAUCAGGGUGGUUAAAUACUUAACUUAAAUGGAACUGCUUGCAUUUAUAAAGAAAAUUGUACUUAGCUUUUUGCGCAAACUAAUGCCACAACACAAUGUGUUAGUAAAUGCAAUGAAGGUUUAUAUUAUAACUCUACUAACUACUGCCUUUAAUGUCAAAAUGGUUUCCCUUCUUAUGAUUAAUCAACUUGCUUUGAAACAUGCGAUAAGGGUGGUUAAAUACUUAACUUAAAUGGAACUGCUUGCAUUUAUAAAGAAAAUUGUACUUUGCUUUUUGCGCAAACUAAUGCCACAACACAAUGUGUUGAUAGAUGCAGUGAAGGUUUAUAUUAUGACUCCACCAGCAACUGUGUAUAAUGUCAAAAAGGUUUUCCUUCUUAUGAUUAAGCUUCUUGCUUAGACACAUGCGAUCAGGGUGGUUAAAUACUUAACUUAAAUGGAACUGCUUGCAUUUAUAAAGAAAAUUGUACUUAGCUUAUUUCAUAAAAUAAUAACACAACACAAUGUAUUUCUAAUUGCAAUUCAAAUAGAUAAUUUGUUGAUCUAAAUAAUUAGACAUGUUAUACUUGUAGUGGAGAUACACCAUUCAUAAAUUAUGAUGAUUCUAAGAAAAAUGGAACUUGUGUUAGUAAAUGCAAUGAAGGUUUAUAUUAUAACUCUACCAGCUACUGCCUUUAAUGUCAAAAAGGUUUCCCUUCUUAUGAUUAAUCAACUUGCUUUGAAACAUGCGAUAAGGGUGGUUAAAUACUUAACUUAAAUGGAACUGCUUGCAUUUAUAAAGAAAAUUGUACUUAGUUUUUUGCACAAACUAAUGGCACAACACAAUGUGUUUCUAAUUGCAAUUCAAAUAGAUAAUUUGUUGAUCUAAAUAAUUAGAUAUGCUAUACUUGUAGUGCAGAUACACCGUUCAUAAAUUAUGAUGAUACUAAGAAAAAUGGAACUUGUGUUAGUAAAUGCAAUCAAGGUUUAUAUUAUAACUCUUCUAACUACUGCCUUUAAUGUCAAAAUGGUUUCCCUUCUUAUGAUUAAUCAACUUGCUUUGAAAUAUGCGAUAAGGGUGGUUAAAUACUUAACUUAAAUGGAACUGCUUGCAUUUAUAAAGAAAAUUGUACUUAGCUUUUUGCGCAAACUAAUACCACAACACAAUGUGUUGAUAGAUGCAGUGAAGGUUUAUAUUAUGACUCCACCAGCUACUGUCUAUAAUGUCAAAAAGGUUUUCCUUCUUAUGAUUAAGCUUCUUGCUUAGACACAUGCGAGAAGGGUGAUUAAAUACUUAACUUAAAUGGAACUGCUUGCAUUUAUAAAGAAAAUUGUACUUAGUUUUUUGCACAAACUAAUGGCACAACACAAUGUGUUUCAAAUUGCAAUUCAAAUAGAUAAUUUGUUGAUCUAAGUAAUUAGAUAUGCUAUACUUGUAGUGCAGAUACACCAUUCAUAAAUUAUGAUGAUUCUAAGAAAAAUGGAACUUGUGUUAGUAAAUGCAAUGAAGGUUUAUAUUAUAACUCUACCAGCUACUGCCUUUAAUGUCAAAAAGGUUUCCCUUCUUAUGAUUAAUCAACUUGCUUUGAAACAUGCGAUAAGGGUGGUUAAAUACUUAACUUAAAUGGAACUGCUUGCAUUUAUAAAGAAAAUUGUACUUAGCUUUUUGCGCAAACUAAUACCACAACACAAUGUGUUGAUAGAUGCAGUGAAGGUUUAUAUUAUGACUCCACCAGCAACUGUGUAUAAUGUCAAAAAGGUUUCCCUUCCUAUGAUUAAUCAACUUGCUUAGACACAUGCGAUCAGGGUGGUUAAAUACUUAACUUAAAUGGAACUGCUUGCAUUUAUAAAGAAAAUUGUACUUAGCUUAUUUCAUAAAAUAAUAACACAACACAAUGUAUUUCUAAUUGCAAUUCAAAUAGAUAAUUUGUUGAUCUAAAUAAUUAGACAUGUUAUACUUGUAGUGGAGAUACACCUUUCAUAAAUUAUGAUGAUUCUAAGAAAAAUGGAACUUGUGUUAGUAAAUGCAAUGAAGGUUUAUAUUAUAACUCUACUAACUACUGCCUUUAAUGUCAAAAAGGUUUCCCUUCUUAUGAUUAAUCAACUUGCUUUGAAACAUGUGAUAAGGGUGAUUAAAUACUUAACUUAAAUGGAACUGCUUGCAUUUAUAAAGAAAAUUGUACUUAGCUUAUUUCAUAAAAUAAUAGCACAACAAAAUGUAUUUCUAAUUGCAAUUCAAAUAGAUAAUUUGUUGAUCUAAAUAAUUAGACAUGUUAUACUUGUAGUGGAGAUACACCUUUCAUAAAUUAUGAUGAUUCUAAGAAAAAUGGAACUUGUGUUAGUAAAUGCAAUGAAGGUUUAUAUUAUAACUACACCAGCUACUGUGUAAAAUGUCAAAAAGGUUUCCCUUCUUAUGAUUAAUCUUCUUGCUUAGAUACUUGCGAUAAGGGUGGUUAAAUACUUAACUUAAAUGGAAAUGCUUGCAUUUAUAAAGAAAAUUGUACUUAGUUUUUUGCACAAACUAAUGACACAACAAAAUGUAUUUCUAAUUGUAAUUCAAAUAGAUAAUUUGUUGAUAUAAAUAAUUAUUGCUAUACUUGUAGUGCAGAUACGCCAUUCAUAAAUUAUGAUGAUUCUAAGAAAAAUGGAACUUGUGUUAGUAAAUGCAAUGAAGGUUUAUAUUAUAACUCUACUAACUACUGCCUUUAAUGUCAAAAUGGUUUCCCUUCUUAUGAUUAAUCAACUUGCUUUGAAACAUGCGAUAAGGGUGAUUAAAUACUUAACUUAAAUGGAACUGCUUGUAUUUAUAAAGAGAAUUGUACUUAGUUUUUUGCACAAACUAAUGCCACAACACAAUGUGUUUCAAAUUGCAAUUCAAAUAGAUAAUUUGUUGAUCUAAAUAAUUAGACAUGUUAUACUUGUAGUGGAGAUACACCUUUCAUAAAUUAUGAUGAUUCUAAGAAAAAUGGAACUUGCGUUAGUAAAUGCAAUGAAGGUUUAUAUUAUAACUACACCAGCUACUGUGUAAAAUGUCAAAAAGGUUUCCCUUCUUAUGAUUAAUCUUCUUGCUUAGAUACUUGCGAUAAGGGUGGUUAAAUACUUAACUUAAAUGGAAAUGCUUGCAUUUAUAAAGAAAAUUGUACUUAGUUUUUUGCACAAACUAAUAACACAACAAAAUGUAUUUCUAAUUGCAAUUCAAAUAGAUAAUUUGUUGAUAUAAAUAAUUAUUGCUAUACUUGUAGUGCAGAUACACCAUUCAUAAAUUAUGAUGAUUCUAAGAAAAAUGGAACUUGUGUUAGUAAAUGCAAUGAAGGUUUAUAUUAUAACUCCACCAGCUACUGCCUUUAAUGUCAAAAAGGUUUCCCUUCUUAUGAUUAAUCUUCUUGCUUAGAUACUUGCGUUAAGGGUGGUUAAAUACUUAACUUAAAUGGAAAUGCUUGCAUUUAUAAAGAAAAUUGUACUUAGCUUAUUUCAUAAAAUAAUGACACAACAAAAUGUAUUUCUAAUUGCAAUUCAAAUAGAUAAUUUGUUGAUCUAAAUAAUUAUUGCUAUACUUGUAGUGGAGAUACACCAUUCAUAAAUUAUGAUGAUUCUAAGAAAAAUGGAACUUGUGUUAGUAAAUGCAAUGAAGGUUUAUAUUAUAACUCUACUAACUACUGCCUUUAAUGUCAAAAUGGUUUCCCUUCUUAUGAUUAAUCAACUUGCUUUGAAACAUGUGAUAAGGGUGGUUAAAUACUUAACUUAAAUGGAACUGCUUGCAUUUAUAAAGAAAAUUGUACAUAGCUUUUUGCACAAACAAAUAGCACAACUCAAUGUGUUGGUAGAUGUAGUGAAGGUUUAUAUUAUGACUUCACCCGCUACUGUGUAAAAUGUCUAAAAGGUUUCCCUUCUUAUGAUUAAGCUUCUUGCUUAGAUAAUUGCGAUAAGGGUGGUUAAAUACUUAACUUAAAUGGAAAUGCUUGCAUUUAUAAAGAAAACUGUACUUAGCUUAUUUCAUAAAAUAAUAGCAUAACACAAUGUGUUUCUAAUUGCAAUUCAAAUAGAUAAUUUGUUGAUCUAAAUAAUUAGACAUGUUAUACUUGUAGUGGAGAUACACCUUUCAUAAAUUAUGAUGAUUCUAAGAAAAAUGGAACUUGUGUUAGUAAAUGCAAUGAAGGUUUAUAUUAUAACUCCACCAGCUACUGUGUAAAAUGUCAAAAAGGUUUUCCUUCUUAUAAUUAAACAUCUUGCUUAUAAACUUGUGAUUUAGGUGGUUAAAUACUUAAUUUAAAUGGAAAUGCUUGCAUAUAUAAAGAAAAUUGUACUUAAUAGAUUACAUAAAAUAAUGGAGUACAAUAGUGUGUUUCUAAUUGUAAUGGUUUUAAUUAGUUUUUGAAUUCUACAGGUCUUUGUUAAAAUUGCACAUCUAACUAAUUUGUAGGUUUUGAUGAUAAAAAUUAAUUGUAGUGUGUUCCAAACUGUGGAGAUGCAUAAUAUGCAAAUAUAACUAAUAAUUACUGUACAUCUUGUAAUCCAACUUAAUAUCUUUCUUCUAACAAAACAACUUGUGUUAGUUUUUGUAAUUAAGGAGAAAUUCUUUCUCUAUCUGGUAGAGCAUGUUAAAAUAAAUCAGAUUGCUAAAGCAAGUUAUUUGUUUAAAAUAAUACUAUGACCUAAUGCAUUUCUAAUUGUAACGGUAAAAAUUAAUUUAUUAAUAUGACAAACAAUUUUUGCGUGACUUGCAAUCAAGAUUAAUAAUACUUUGGUUUAGAUAAUAAUAAUUAAACAUAAUGUGUAUCUAGUUGCAGUGAUGGUCAAUAUUUGAAUUCAACAAAUUAUUGUACAUAAUGCAAUAAUACUUAAUUUGUUUCUUCUGAUGGAAAGUAAUGUGUUAAUUUCUGCAAUAAUUAAACAGAAGUACUUUCUUUUUCAGGUCGAGCUUGCUAACCUUUGAGUAGUUGUAAAAACAAAUUAUUUGUUAACUAAAAUAAUAUGACUUAAUGCACUCUUACUUGCUCAGAUAAUAGAUAAUAUUUGAAUUAAACUAACUUCUGCAUAACUUGUAACAAGAGUUAGUACAUUAAUAUAAAAAAUAAUACACCUCAAUGUGUUUCUAAUUGUGAUGAUAAUUAAUUUGUUAAUUCAACAUCCUAUUGUAAUUAGUGCAAUCAAAAUUAAUAUGUCUCUUCUAAUGGAACAGCUUGCGUUAACAGUUGUAAUAAUUCAGAAUUUAUAAGUUUAUCUGGUAAUCGAUGCUUAUUGUCAUGUCCCCUUUAAUAAUAUUAAAAUGUUAACAAAACUGCUUGUGUUAGCAGCUGCGGUAAAGGAGAAUAUGUAGAUUUAUCUAAUGGCUAAAAAUAAUGUAAAGUUUGCUCAAAUUAUUUACAAGUAGACGCAUCUAAUUAGGAAGUUUAAUGUUUAAAUUAAUGCAGUGAGCAAUAAAUGAUUUAUUAUUUUACUUAUAAUUAAGUAAAAUAUAAAUAAUGUGUAAAUCCUACUUUUUGUAACUUUAAAAAAAUAUCUGCCUCAAAUAGCAAUAUUUGCACUGAUACUUGCAUUUCACCUGAAAUUGAUAAUGGUUCUAACACAUGUUCUCAAAAUUGCUCUUAAGGUUAAUAUUAAUUCCCUAGUAAUAGCACAUGCUCAUCAACAUGUCAAAAUUAUAUUUCUUCUGAUAAUAAAUUAUGCAUAGAAUCAUGUGGAUAAGUAUUGGAAGUAAUAGGUAGUGGAAAUCAUUGCUAAAAGUGCUCACCAAAUGAAUACUUUUCAUCAUUUAAUGGUUAAUAAGGAUGUGUAAAAAUUUCUAAUACUACUGAAAGUUUAACUUAACUUAAAAAUUCCGUGAUUUAAGUUAUUAGUUCUGGAAUUAAUACAGUUUAAGCACUAUAAUAAGUUUAAGAAUAAAUUAAUUAAUAUACUUCUUAAUCAUAUGAUUUAAUUAUAUCAAACAUAUAAAGCAAAUCUUAAACAAAGACAGAAGAUAAAUAGUAGAUUUAGCAAGCUGUAAAUGAUAUUUUUACAAUAAAUUAGUCUUUAGUGAGUAAUAUUAGUUCAUCAUAGGGUAAGUAAUCUGUUGUUACUGGAUCUUCUUAACUAAAAGUUAUAGGAUAGUCAAAUUAGCCUGGAUAUAAAUUUAGUUAAAUAUUAAAUUCAUCAGAUAUUUAAAAUGGAAAUACUACCUCAUUACUUGAAUAAGAUACAAACUUAACUUCAUCAUAAUAACUAUAAGUUUUAUAAAUUGCUUAUGUUAGCACGAAUAUGUAUUGCUAAUAGGAUAGUUGUGCAUAAAAGUAACCUCUGUUCUUAUUAAAUGUAAAAUCCAUUUAAUCAUAGUAAAGAAUUCUAUAGUAGUCUUAAUCAUUCUAAAUUAUGUAUGCCAUUAAGUAAGAUUAAAACCCAAAUAAACUUAUAUGCUAAAAUUAUAACGAGUAAGGGGUCUUAACUUGGAGCUAAGGUUAAGUUUAAAAUGGAUAGAUUGCAUGCCAAAUAUCGUAUAGCUCAUCAAUUUAUUAUGAUGAGUAGUGCUUACAUGUUGAUUAAAAAUAUUGUAAUUCUGAAGAUGAGAGUACUAAAGAAUUAUCAGGAGUGCAAAUAUUUGGAAUAGCAUUUUCUUGUUUUGCCUUUGUAGGUUUAACAAGUGUUUGUGUUGUAAGCUAUAUAAGGCACAAAAAAAAUUAUAAAAAAUUAAUCCAACUCAACUAACCUAAAACUUUAUAAACAAAUAACCUGAUUACUGAAUAAGCAGAAAAAGGAGAUACUGAAAAUCAAAAUUAAGUUAAAAAGGAUGAAGCAAUCAUUUUAGAUUAAAUUUUAUUUGAAUGA